GAAAAAAAUGGCCAAUACGGGUGUAUUACCAUUUGUACGGGGUAUAGAUUUUACAAAAAAUGACUUUAGUAAUACAAAUUUUCCCUCAGCGGUAAAAUUAAUGACCCGCGUCCAAUGGCUGAAUUUGGAUAAAACAAAUUUGAAGGAAAUACCCGAAGAAAUGGGAAAUCUACUCAAACUCGAGCAUUUGAGUUUGAAACACAACCAAUUGGAAAAACUAUUUGGUGAAUUAACCGAGCUGACAUGUUUACGUUCAUUGAAUUUGAGAAAAAAUCAAAUUAAAAGUAGUGGCGUACCACCCGAAUUAUUUCGUUUGGAUGAAUUGACUACCUUGGAUUUAUCACACAACAAGUUGAAAGAGGUUCCCGAAGGUUUGGAGAAAGCGAAAAGUUUGUUGGUAUUGAAUUUAAGUCACAACAAUAUUGAGGCGAUUCCAACGGCCUUGUUUAUACAUCUAACGGAUUUAUUGUUUUUGGAUUUAUCCCACAAUAAAUUGGAAACAUUGCCACCACAGACUAGACGAUUGGCUAAUUUACAGACGUUGAUAUUGGCUGACAACCCGUUGGAGUUAUUUCAGUUGCGCCAAUUGCCUUCGUUACAAAAUCUUGAAGUUUUGAAUAUGCGCAAUACUCAGCGCACACUUUUGAAUUUCCCUACUACUCUUGACAGUUUGUCCAAUUUGGCCGAACUGGAUUUAUCGCAAAAUAAUCUUCCCAAAGUUCCUGAUUGUGUAUACAAUUUGCCAAAUUUAAAAAGAUUGAAUCUCAGCGACAAUGCCAUAACUGAACUAAGUUCCAGUGUAGAGUUUUGGCAACGUUUAGAGGUUCUCAAUCUAUCACGCAACGAAUUGACCGUGUUGCCAGCUGCUUUGUGCAAACUAGCGCAAUUAAGAAGACUUUACUUGAAUGACAAUCGAUUGGAUUUUGAGGGCAUUCCAUCAGGGAUUGGCAAGUUGUGUUGUUUGGAGGUAUUUUCAGCAUCCAAUAAUUUGCUGGAAAUGAUCCCUGAGGGUCUCUGCCGUUGUGGUGCAUUGAAAAGACUUAAUCUAUCUUCGAACCGCUUGAUUACAUUGCCAGAUGCUAUACAUCUCUUGGAUGGUUUAGACCAGUUGGAUUUGCGCAACAAUCCCGAUUUGAUUAUGCCUCCGAAACCAACUGAGGCCACCAAGGGUUCAGGUAUUGAAUUCUAUAAUAUAGAUUUCUCCUUACAAACACAACUUCGCCUGGCUGGUGCAGCGGUACCACCGUCUGUACCUGUCACAUCCACGCCCAAAGAUUCUACUGCCCGCAAAAUUCGUCUACGACGUGGUCCUCGGAAUGACUCUGCUCAAGACUCGGCAAAAAUACUUAAGGGUAUGAAAGAUGUAGCCAAGGAUAAAGACGAUGCUGAGGCCAAUCGUUCUUGGUGCAACGAUUCUGAUGAAGUACGACCUGAGUCCCUUAAGCCUAAGCGUUGGGAUGAGUCUUUGGAGAAACCUCAAUUGGACUAUUCGAAAUUCUUUGAGAAAGAAGACGGCCAUUUGCCUGGUAUUACAAUAUGGGAAAUUGAGAAUUUUCUUCCGAACAAAAUAGAAGAAGUUGCACAUGGAAAAUUCUACGAAGGCGACUGUUAUAUUGUGCUCAAGACGAGUUUUGACGAUAUGGAUCAACUCAAUUGGGAAAUAUAUUUUUGGAUUGGUAGUCAGUCAACAUUGGACAAAAGAGCUUGUGCUGCAAUUCAUGCAGUAAAUUUACGAAACUUUUUGGGUGCUCGUUGUCGAACAAUUCGUGAGGAACAGAAUGACGAAUCUGAAGAAUUUUUAAAUCUUUUUGAUACUGAAGUGACAUACAUUGAAGGUGGCCGUACUGCAACUGGUUUCUAUACAGUCGAAGAUAUGUUGUACACCAUUCGGUUAUAUCGUGUGCAUGCGGCUGGUGCUUCGGUACACAUGGAACCUGUAUCCGUUGGCUUUGAAUCAUUAGAUCCACGCUAUUCAUUUGUGCUUGACUGCGGGAUCAAAAUGUUCAUCUGGAUGGGAAGAUGUUCGAAGAAUACUUUAAAUUCGAAAACACGUCUAAUGACGGAGAAGAUUAAUAAAACCGAACGAAAGAAUAAAUGCGAAAUUAUUGUGGAAAGUCAAGGUGAUGAGAGUGAAGAGUUUUGGCAACGUUUGGGCUGUGAUCCGGAAGAAGCACCCAAACAAAAGAUUAUACAGCAUGUGCAGGAGAAUUUUGUGCCACCUGUACCCAGAUUAUACCAAGUGCAAUUAGGGAUGGGUUAUUUGGAGUUGCCUCAGGUUGAAGUACCCGAACAAAAACUGGUCAAUACUUUGCUAGUCAGUAAAAAUGUUUAUAUACUGGACUGCUUUACCGAUUUGUUUGUGUGGUUUGGUAAAAAAUCGACUCGUUUAGUGAGAGCGGCUGCCAUCAAACUUUCCCGGGAACUAUUUAAUAUGAUAGCACGACCCUCGUAUGCACUAGUUACACGUCUGCAAGAAGAUACCGAAACGCAAAUUUUCAAAUCGAAAUUUAUUGGUUGGGACGAGGUGAUGGCAGUCGAUUUUACACGUACUGCCAACUCUGUAGCAAAGACAGGAGCAGAUUUAACAAAAUGGGCUAAACAGCAGGAAACUCGUGCUGAUUUGGCGGCUUUGUUCAUGCCACGACAAAAUCCUAUGCCACUUAGUGAAGCUGAACAGUUGGAGGAGGACUGGAAUUACGAUUUAGAGGCAAUGGAAGCAUUUGUAUUAGAGGGUAAGAAGUUUGUGCGUUUACCGGAGGAGGAAGUUGGCCACUUUUAUACGGGAGAAUGUUAUGUGUUCUUGUGUCGUUACUGCAUACCGGCCGACGAUGAUGAAGAUGGUGCCGAAUUAGACGACAGUAAACCACCACCUGACGAUGAAAUACAAUGCAUUGUGUACUUUUGGCAAGGUCGCAAUGCUGGCAAUAUGGGUUGGUUAACAUUCACUUUUACUCUACAAAAGAAAUUCAAAACUAUGUUUGGCGAAGAACUGGAAGUUGUUCGCAUCCAUCAACAACAAGAGAAUUUAAAAUUUUUAGCCCACUUUAAGCGCAAAUUUAUCAUACACACUGGCAAGCGCAAGGACAAGUCAAAGACUCCUGAUGGCAAAGCUGCUGUAGAGUUUUUCCAUUUACGUUCAAAUGGUGGUGCUUUGUGUACAAGACUUAUACAAAUCCAACCGGAUGCUUCGUUCCUUAAUUCAGCAUUUUGUUAUAUUUUGUAUGUGCCAUUCGAAACUGAAGAUGAAUCCCAAUCGGGCAUUGUUUAUGUGUGGUUGGGUUCGAAAAGUUGUCCAGAAGAGGCUAAAUUAAUACAAGAAGUUGCAGAAGACAUGUUCAAUAGUCCCUGGGUGAGUUUACAAAUCCUAAAUGAGGGUGAAGAGCCGGAAAACUUUUUCUGGGUGGCUCUGGGUGGACGUAAACCUUAUGACACCAAUGCUGAGUACAUGAACUUUACACGCUUGUUCAGAUGCUCCAAUGAAAAGGGCUAUUUUACUGUUGCCGAAAAAUGCACAGAUUUCUGUCAAGAUGAUUUGGCAGACGAUGACAUAAUGAUACUGGACAAUGGAGAACAGGUAUUCCUUUGGUUAGGAUCGCGUUGCAGUGAGGUGGAAAUUAAAUUGGCUUACAAGUCAGCACAAGUAUACAUUCAGCAUAUGCGCAUCAAACAACCUGAACGUUCGCGCAAAUUAUUUUUAACACUUAAGAAUAAAGAAUCCAAACGUUUUACAAAAUGCUUCCACGGCUGGGGUAUUCAUAAAUCACCACCAGAGUAAAUGUGAUUUCCUUAUUUUUGUAUGCCAUUUGCUGCUUGUCGUGCAAAUUUCUAAUGCACAUGAUGACAUUAAGAUUUUCUUAAUUUUUAUUUUAUUAUACAAUGUAAAAUGUUUUAAAUAUUUAACACGCAUACAACAUGCAUAUGUUUUUACACAUUUAUAACAAUUUAUUACCCUUUCACUUAAUAUUCAUAAAGUAUUUAAUAUUAUUAUAACUUCUCCUAUAAUUUUUUUGUAUUUUUAGCUAUUUGUUUUUUAACAAAAAUAUAUACUCCAUACACGACAUGUGUAUGUAAUCAAAUACUUAUA